GGAAAUGUUUCAUUAAAAAAAGCCCCAAAGAAGGCACCAGAGAACUUACUAAAAGCCCCAGGCUCAAAAGAUCUCCUACAAACUAGGAAGAAAAAUAAGAAUUAUAAAUAUAUAAAUAAUUUACAAGCAACCCCAACAGUGAACACUGAACAACAGAUAUGAACUCACCACCUCUUCUUCUUCUUCAGCAAUCUCUCCCGCCAAUAUCCCCCACUGAAAAUCUAAUUCAACUGAAAACUCCACUCCCUGUACACAAUAGCAUACCCGGCACACGAACACCUGUAUCAUCAUCAUCAUCAUCAUCAUCAUCACUUUCUUAUAUAAGAGCUUGCGCUGGUAAAACAACAAGAAGAGUAGGAGGAGGAAGAAGAGGAAACCCAGAUGACUACCAUGCCACUCUCACUGCUCUCAACUCCAAAGGCCGCUUCCCUAGAAAAUCCCUCGGCCAGCAUUAUAUGUUGGACUCUGAGAUCAACGAACAGCUCACUGCUGCGGCUAAUGUUGGAGAAGGUGAUGUGGUGCUAGAAAUUGGGCCAGGAACAGGUUCUUUGACUAAUGUUCUUAUUAGUGCCGGUGCAUUUGUGCUUGCAAUCGAAAAGGAUCCACACAUGGCUACUCUUGUGAGUGAAAGAUUUUCAGAGACUGAACGGUUCAAGGUUUUGAAAGAGGACUUUGUCAAAUGUCACAUUCACUCUCAUAUGUCAUCAUUGUUGGCAAGUAUAGAGCCAUCCAGCGCAGAUUCAAGAUAUGCGAAAGUAGUCGCUAAUAUACCCUUUAAUAUAAGUACAGAUGUUGUCAAACAACUUCUUCCAAUGGGUGACAUCUUUUCUGAAGUAGUACUCUUACUCCAGGAGGAGACAGCUUUGCGGCUGGUGGAAUCAUCUUUGCGAACAUCUGAGUACCGGCCCAUCAAUAUCUUCGUCAAUUUCUAUUCAGAUCCUCAAUUCAUAUGUAAGGUUCCAAGGACAAAAUUCUUUCCUCAGCCUAACGUUGAUGCUGCUGUGGUUAAAUUUAAGCUGAAGCAACCUGUACACUACCCCUCAGUUUCCUCCACUAAAAGCUUCUUCUCAAUGGUAAAUUCUGCUUUUAACGGGAAACGUAAGAUGUUGAGGAGAUCACUUCAGCACAUAUGCACGCCCAUGGAGAUUGAAAAUGCUUUGGGAAACGUUGGUCGUCCUGCCACGUCAAGACCAGAAGAGCUAUCCAUGGAUGAUUUUGUGAAGUUGCAUAAUUUGAUUGUGAAAGUAUGACAUUUGUGGUUUCUCUAGAAGGCCGAUACUUUUCACACACAUGCAAGCCGGUUCUACCGUACUAGUUGCAGCAAAUCUCAUUCAAACAGCGACCGCAACAAUUUCUAGAGAAGGCUGGACAAAAUUCCAUAAAAGUGUUUCCUGCAAGAGCAAAUUGGAAUGGAAAUGGAUCAUUGGCGGACUUGUUCUUCAAAAAAUGGUUUUUAGGGCCCUUAGCAGUAUGAUACAAGCAGAAGCAACAGCAUUUUUUGCCUACAAAACAAUGGAUUUGUGCCUACAUUUGUAUUCCAUUAAUAUUUCGAAAUUGUAACGCAGUAACGUAAGUAAAGAAAAAAGAAAAUAAAAGAAAAUUGAGUUGCUA